ACAAAUUGAUUGUUGCACCCCUCGGCCAAACAAAACAUUAUUUCCUGAAUAAAAAAAUUAACACGAAUAAACGCUUAUAAAUUCUCGUUUUCUUACGGUAAGAAAUACUCUCUCAAAUAUUCCAACAUUCGGUUGCAACGAUGGUUUCAACAAAAUCACACGUCGAAGAGCUGCAGGAGUAUUUCAAAUCCCACAACAAAACCCGUGAAGCCACUAAAGCUCACACCGCCAAAGUGCACUCGGUUGGCUGGAAUUGUGAUGGACGCCGGUUAGCCUCCGGUUCAUUCGACAAAUCUGUAGUCAUUUUUACGCUGGACCGGGAAAGUUUGAAAAAGGAAAGCACUUAUCGUGGCCACACAGGUUCGGUGGAUCAGUUGUGUUGGCACGCUUCGUUACCGGAUCUUUUGAGCACUGCCAGUGGCGAUAAGACGGUUCGAAUUUGGGAUGCCCGCAUUGGAAAAUGUGCUAACAUCAUCAAUACGAAGGGAGAAAACAUAAAUAUAACCUGGUCUCCCGAUGGCAAUACGAUUGCUGUAGGAAACAAAGAAGAUUUAGUUACGUUUAUCGAUGCUCGGAUGUUUAAAAUCUUGGCCGAAGAACAGUUUACAUUCGAGGUGAACGAAAUUGCUUGGAGUAAUGGUAGCGAUGUAUUUUUCCUGACAAAUGGUCAAGGUUGUAUCCACAUAUUGAACUACCCGGAAUUGAAUUUACAACAGGUGCUGAAAGCUCAUCCAAGCACCUGCAUUUGCAUCGAAUUUGAUCCUACUGGGAAAUAUUUUGCAACAGGAUCAGCAGAUGCUUUGGUUUCGUUAUGGGACGCAGAAGAGUUGGCGUGUUUGAGAGUAUUUUCCAGGUUGGAUUGGCCUGUGCGAACGAUUUCUUUCAGUCACGAUGGAAGGCUGUUGGCAUCAGCCAGUGAAGAUCUUAUUAUCGACAUUGGCGACACUGAUACAGGGGAGAAAGUUGCUGAUAUUUCAGUUGACGCAGCCACCUUCACUGUGGCGUGGCACCCUAAACAAUAUAUGUUGGCCUACGCUUGUGAUGAUAAGGAUGCGAAUGAUAGGAGACGAGACGCUGGUAGCCUAAAAGUUUGGGGAUUUACAGAAUAGAUAUGUAUUUCUGAAAUAAAAUAAACACCUUUCACAAACCAAUACUUAAGCCCAUGUUUCUUCCUGAUAGCGAUCGCUUUUGAUCAUUUCAUCAACGUACAAAGAACUUCCAAUGGCUUCCCCAAGGGCUUCACGAACGGCUUCUGGCAUAUUCUUCGAACUUCCAGAUACAAGAAAUACAC